CUCUGAAGCAGAUUUAAAGAGCAGGAGACAUGGCUGUGGUUAGUGGAACUUAUCGUAUGGUGUCAGAGGAGGAGCAGGCUCUCAGGGCUAAGCUGGAACGUCUCACCAUCAAGGACCACGGGCCAGUGUUUGGACCCUAUGCCAGCCUGCCAGACCACACCAGGCAGAAGGCCAAGGAUGAGCUCAAUGAGAUGGAUGAGAAGCGGGCGUCUGCAGUGAAGGAGCUGCGAGGACUGAUUAAGGAGAAAGCCGAUACAGGUGACGACCUGGUCAAGGGGGUGCAGGACACCUUUGGGGAGAAACCAGACAGUUUGCUGGUCCGCUUCAUCCGUGCCAGGAAGUUCGACGUGCCCAGAGCCUUCGAGCUAAUGAAGGGCUACGUGCGUUUCAGGAGAAAUUAUCCUGAGCUGUUUGAGAAUCUGACCCCAGAGGCCGUACGCAGCACCAUUGAGGCAGGCUACCCCGGCAUCCUUCACAGCAGAGACAAAUACGGCCGUGUGGUUUUCCUCUUCAACGUCGAGAACUGGGACUAUGAGGAAAUCACUUUUGAUGAAAUCCUGCGUGCCUAUUGUGUGAUCCUGGAGAAGCUGCUGGAGAGCGAGGAAACUCAGAUCAACGGGUUCUGUAUCAUUGAGAACUUCAAGGGCUUCACUAUGCAGCAGGCGUCAGGAAUCAAACCCACUGAGCUCAAGAAGAUGGUGGACAUGUUGCAGGAUUCAUUCCCUGCUCGUUUCAAAGCUGUGCACUUCAUUCACCAGCCCUGGUACUUCACCACCACAUACAAUGUGGUCAAACCACUCAUGAAGAGCAAGCUACUAGAGAGAGUGUUCGUCCACGGAGACGAGCUGGAAAACUACUACAGGGAGUUUGACGCUGAAAUCCUUCCCUCUGAGUUUGACGGAAAAGGUGCCAACUACGACGGCAAGGCCACAGCAGCCAAGCUGUUUGACUAAACACACUCCUUCAACCAGGCGAAGAACAAAGCCCAUAAAAUGUGGAGACUCAAAUCCCGUCUAGCUGCGUGGUGUAGGGGAAAAAAGGUUAUGACUGAAAGUCAAGAGAGUGUGAGAAAUUCAAGUUUUCCAUAGGUCCAGACAAAGCACAGACAGGAGCUACUUCCACUCAUGAAAUCGCUCAUCCUCCUGUCAUUAAUAUGACCAUUAGUUAUACAGUUCCUCCUUAUAGUUCCUCAGUUUUAGCAUCUAUGGCCAAAGCCAGUUCGCUAUCCAUUGCAGUUUUAAACCAUUAUUUAUAGACUUUUAAAUGCAUAAGUGUAGAAUCUUUAGCAAAUCAUAUCACAUUUUUAAGAAUGGUUUCCUGCUUUUCAAGCAACCACUGAUUCAUACCUGUAUAGUGUCAAAAUCAAACUUCAACCUGGCUUGAAUAGGCCAUUCAUAAUGACCAUUUAGUGUUUUUGCACAGUUAGGCAGGACCUGCAGUGAAGUUUCCUAUGUUGGUGCAUUCAAAGACUGAAGACGUCAGAGUUCGCUGGCAAACAGCAAUCCUCACAACUGCAUUACUGUAACUUUGAACAAAAAAUAAAGA